GCACUUCUCAACGAGAGUGCUCUCUCUCGCUCAGCGCGAGAACGACAUAACGCGCUGACUAUCACUAAUUAAAAAACCGUGUUAUCGUCAGGCGAAAUGGCAACUGUUAAUCGGCGCGGCAUGCGAAACACGUAGUCGCUGAAGUAUCUGAAAAAGCUCCUUUUUUCUCAUAAACGCUCGCGCUUCGUCCUCGAUCGGGACAAAAGUAUGCAGUCGUUUUGGGCAUUAACUCGAAGCCGGCUACGCUAGGUCUGAUUUGGCUCGCUAGCGGGGUAGCAUCGGGUUAGCGGCGGGGUAACGCGGGGUUAGCGCCGCGUUAACGGCGAGGUGCGUUUGCCGCGCGCCGGGUUAACGACGGGUGAGCAGCGGUGUAGCGCGAGCCAAUCAUGUUCUUCCACGUGGUGCUGGAGAAGAAGCUCCAGCUGCAUCCACGUCACUUCGGGCCGCACCUUCGCGAGAAGCUCGUGUCGAAACUGGUGGCGGAGGUGGAAGGCACGUGCACAGGCCGGCAUGGGUUCGUGGUGGCGGUAACAACGGUGGAGAGCGUGGGCACGGGCAUCGUGCGCGAUGACACGGGCUAUGUGACGUUCCCGGUGCGCUACCAGUGUGUGGUCUUCCGCCCGUUCAAGGGCGAGAUCCUGGAGGGAGUGGUCACCACCGUCAAUAAGAUGGGUUUCUUUGCCGAGGCGGGCCCCGUGCAAAUAUUCGUCUCCAACCAUCUCAUUCCCGACGACAUGUCUUUCACACCGGGCGACAUCAACAGCUACCAGACUGAGGACGGCACGGUGAAAAUCCAGGCGGACAGUGAGGUGCGCCUGAAGAUAGUUGGCACGCGGGUGGACGCCACAGAGAUUUUCUGCAUAGGGACCAUCAAGGACGAUUACCUUGGGCUCGUUUCCGAAGGGGGAGCCCCCAUUUGAAGAGGCACAGAUUCUGCCAAGGAUGACCUCCCCCAUUCGCACUGCCUUUGGCUCUUGGGCCGUCGCUAAAAUGACUACCUUGGCCGCAUCGUCUAAGGAGCAGCUAUCGUGGUUGCUUUUGUAUGUGGCCGAACGAGUUUCUAUAACGUGGUCACAAACAUUGGCAUUAUUGAUAAAAUCGUUGCCAUAUGAUGAACUUACUGAAUUAUCAAUAUCAUAUGCUGUUGGCUUCGGGGAAAAUUAAGGGUUAGAGGUUAC